CAAAUACCAGGUGAGUCCGGAGAGUAGGACCACAACAUCCUGAACCACAGAGACCUCCUCUUCCUCUUCGUUUUCAUCCUCCUCCUCUUCAGCAGCAUGCAGGCCGGCUCCGCCCUCCUCCUCCUCCUCCUGUCCAUCAGCUCCGCCGUCUCCUUUGAGCUGCUGGCCGAAGAAGCUGCUCCCCGCCGGGCAAGAUUCUCCGCCAACAGCCCGAGUGAGUCCCGGUUCUCUGGAACCAACAAAACCCGCUUUAUAGUUUUCUGAACUUUGUUCAUAAAAUAGUUUUUUUUUCUAAUUAUGUUCCCUAAUUUUAAAGUAAGCUAACCUCGUGAUUUUCCUGCUACUAGCUAGCCCACAGAAUAGGGGAGACUGGGGUCGAUAUCAACGUUUCUUAACGGUUAUUUCAGUCCCUCUAAGACCGUAAAAAUGAGACUUUUUGAACUGACUUUUGUGUUACUAUUACACUAACUUUUCAUAAAUUAAAACACAGAUAAGUGGAAAUCAUGGAAGAUCACGAAUCACAGUGGUUAGCAAUCUUAGACAGCUGAAAGUAUUUGAACUCACUUUAAAGGUUAGUUAUAAUUUUGUUAUAAAAAUGUAAUAUCAUUUAGAUAUAAAAGAAGCAAUUUAAGAGAGUUUUUACACUGAAUUUGUUGCACAUCUACGACGGCGUAUUAGGGCCACAUUAAGAAAAAAAUUAAGACUUCGAGAUUAAGUCAUUACUUCCAAGAAUAAAGACGUGUUUAAAUCAUUUUGUAUGAGAAUAAAGUCGUAAUAUAGUAAUUACUGACGAGAAAAAAGUCGUAAAGUAAAUGAAGUCUUAAAGCUGAUUUUGUGGAGGAGGAAAUGUCUGAAGUGGUCGACUGCAGAGUUAUCAGUGGGUGCAUCAGUGGGCCAUUAAGAGAGAUUUUGUGGUUUCUCAAGAAAUAAUCCAACUGAUGAUCAACAUUUGUGAUUCAGAGGGAGUCGAGCACCGCGUCUGUCUCUGAUGUUGGCACAACAGCGGCAGUAACCUCCACCUGCAGCGGCACCAACACCUUAUGGCGGCAUAUAGAUUCAUGUGAUCAACUAAAAACAUAUGAAACUAUAGUUAUAAAUGGCUGCAUUGAGGGAUUUAACCUCUGCACAGACAUUUCCAGCCAUUUCCCCCUCCUCAGAAACAGGGAUGCAUUACAAGUCCGCCUGGUUCUUUCUGCGGAAAAGAUGUAUGUCUUGCAUAUGUCCUGAUACUUCUGAUGAUGUGAUGCUGAAACGCAAAAUGAUUUAGUAUCGUCUUGUUUGUGAAACCUAACUACUGAAGUUCAAUUCAUCUAAAUGCUCCACAACGCUCAUUAACACAACUAACAACAGGUUAGAGUAUUAGCUACGACUUUAUUUACAUAAGAAAUGAUUUUAUUAUGACUUUGUUCUCGUAAAAAAUUAUUUUAUUACAACUAUAUUCUUGUAAUUAAUGAUUUUAACACAACUUUAUUCUCGUAAGUAAUUACAAAGUCUUAUUAGUAUUACUUUUUCUUAAUGUGGCCCUAAUACUCUGUCAUACACAUGUUUACAGUAACAAUGAAAAAUUUCACCUGGAAGAUGUUUCUGCAGGAUAGCUAGCUUUAGUGCUUAUUUUACAGACAAUAAAGUAACACACUGUACAUAGAUAUAUACAGUCUGUGCUGAAGGGUAUCUCUUUGUUUUAUGCAGAAGCAGGUAAAGUUAGUUAAAGUUAAUUAAAGUGUACCUCUGACUGCUGUCAGUCAGUUAACAAAGAUGCUAACUUUGACAAGAGUAAAUCUGUUCACUCACCUGAGCAGGUCAUGAGUACAGUGUUCAUGUGCUUCUCUCUGUGUGUGUUUGCAGGCGAUGUGGCCAGAUGUUUAAACGGUGCUGUGGCCGUUGGCUGCGGGUUCUUCUCCUGUCUGGAAAACUCCACCUGUGACACUGACGGCAUGCACGAAAUCUGCGAGCUCUUCCUCCACACAGCUGCUACUUUCAACACAGAGGUUAGUGUGCGUGUGUGCCUGUCUGUGUUUUUAUUUGUGUGUGCAUGUGUGUGUGUGUGUGUGUGUGUGUGUGUGUGUGUGUGUGUGUGUGUGUGUGUGUGUGUGUGUGACAUUAAAGUGUGUGUGUGUGUGUCGUCCUGCAGGGUAAAACCUUCGUGAAAAAGAGUCUCCACUGUAUCACCCAGGGAAUCUCUGCCAAGGUUUUCCAAACGAUCCGUCGCUGCAACAUUUUCCAGAGGAUGAUCGCUGAGGUUCGUACGCUCAGAGAAAUCAGGGGCUGUGUUUAAGAGGGGGACUUGGUCUGGGGGGUCUAGAUAAGGUGCCAAACCUGCACUCUUUUUAAUGAGCUGACCUUUGAACCUUUCUGAGACACCAACUCUGAUGAUGUAAUCUCAACUCAACUCAACUUUAUUUGUAAAGCACUUUAAAACAACCACAGCUGAACAAAGUGCUGUACAUAAAUAGACAAAACAAUGCAAACAUAAAAAACAAUCAAAAAACAAUUAAAACAAUGGAUAAAAUAAUAACAGAUAUUAAAAAGUAAAAUAUAGUUUCAAUGUUUUUAAAAACUAAUUUAAAAACAUAGAAACAAAUAACUAAGAACAAACCAUAAAACGCUAAAACAGGAGCCGAGUCUCAUGCAGGGUUGAAAGCCAAUGAAUAAAAAUGGGUUUUAAGACGAGUUUUAAAAAUGGACAGUGUGGGGGCUUAUCUGAUUUGUAGGGGUAGCUCGUUCCAUAAUUUUGGUGCCGCAACAGAAAAAGAUCUAUCCCCUCUGAGCUUCACUUUGGACCUCGGUACCUCCAGGAGCAGCUGAUCAGCUGACCUGAGGCACUGAGCUGGGGUGUAGGGGUGGAGAAGCUCAGAGAGGUAAGAUGGAGCCAGACCAUUUAAAGAUUUAAAAACAAAUAAAAUAAUCUUAAAAUGAACUCUAAAAUACACAGGUAACCAGUGGAGGGGGGCCAGGAUGGGAGUAAUGUGCUCCCUCUUACGUACUCCAGUUAAGAGGUGGGCGGCUGCGUUUUGUACUAACUGGAGAUGUGAGAGGGAGGACUGGCUGACUCCAAAGUAAAGUGCGUUACAGUAAUCCAGCCGAGUUGUAACAAAGGCAUGGAUUACUGUUUCAAAGUGCCUACGUGCAAGGAAUGGCUUUGCCUCCUAUGUGUUAACGGCUUUUCUGUCGUUUUUAAAGGUGCAAGAAGAAUGUUACACCAGUCUGGACAUCUGCACGGUGGCUCGAACCAACCCUGACGCCAUUGGAGAGGUGGUCCAGGUGCCCACUCACUUCCCCAACAGGUGAGGGCUGAUGACGCACACCAAAUCUGACAAAGCUCGCUAGUUUCCACCCCGUGUCGUGACUUGCUGGAUCUUGUUUCUCAGGUACUACAGCACUCUGCUGCAGGUCCUCCAGUCCUGCGACGAGCAGACGGUGGCGGCGGUGCGAGCCGGCCUCAUGGCCCGUUUAGGCCCCGACAUGGAGACCUUCCUGCAGCUCGUCCAGAACAAACCCUGCGCUCCCGGAUCCAACGCCGCCGCUGUUUACAACAACCCUUCCAGCUGGAGAAACAUGCCAGUGUUCAACAUCCAACCGGGCUUCAGAGGACGCGACCCCACCCACCUGUUCGCCAGGAAAAGAUCUGUGGACAACCUGGAGGGAGGGGCCGCGGAGGAGAAUUAGAGAACGCCCAAUCACUUGCCAUCACGCACAUGCUAACGCCAUUCUGAUUGUUUUUCACGUACGCACGCUCAAACUUGCAGCUUUAUCACGAUGAUUACAGCCUGGAGCUUUAGACGCCGAUUCGGCUUAAAGAAAAAAACGCCACUCGCGCUGUUGUUGUUCUUUUUCAUGCCCAUUUACUCAAUCGUGUUUCCGACCAGACACUUCAGUCACAGUGACAAUAACUGAUAUUUAUUUUCCUUAACGAGUUAAUUUAUGAGGCGGUGGAGCUCAGAGGAAGUCUUCACGCUGGUCGUGGAGCUCUCAAUGAGUCCAGUUUGGAGCCUUUUGUUGGUCUGGGAUCACUUUGUGUUGAAAACCUGUUUGAACGAAGACUAUGGGCCAACUCGGCUGGUUUUUGUUUGAAAUAAAUGAAAUGAUAUGACUGA